AUGAGGGAGUUCAAUAUGGAUGCCACAACAACAAGACAACAUUGGUCUUUGGAGCUAAAUGAGAUGGAUGAAUUUCAUAACGAGGCCUAUGAGAAUGCUAAGAUCUAUAAAGAGUGUACUAAAGCUUGGCAUGAUAAAAAAUUUAUUCGCAAAGAGUUUCAACCGAGGAAGCAGGUGUUAUUGUUCAAUUCUUGGUUGAAGUUGUUCUCAAGAAAGUUGAAGUCAAGAUGGUCUGGACCCUAUACUAUAGUGAGGGUAUUUUCUUAUGGAUCGGUGGAAUUACAAAGCAAAUAUAAUGAGACUUUUAAGGUAAAUAAUCAACGGGUGAUGCCAUACUUAGGUGGUCUCAUUGAUCAAGCCAAGUCUAUCAUCAUGUUGAAGUCAGUUUGA